AAUGAAAGCUUAUCUUCAAGAUGCGUCGGGAGGAAUUAAGAGUGAGUGGUUUUCAGCUUUUGUGCGCCCAGAUCCUGUCGACAGCGUACGCGAUGAUCAUGAUGGCGGUGAUCGUAGGUACGGCUCUACAGCUCGGCGAAGACGGUAUAGGCUCGCCUUCAGCGAUCUUCCUCAUAUCACUGUCAAGUUCGUUCUUCAUAGCGGCCUGUUUACAUCCGCAAGAAUUCUGGUGUAUCGUGCCCGGCAUCAUAUACCUAUUGUCCAUCCCGUCCAUGUACUUGCUCCUCAUACUGUACUCCAUCAUCAAUCUUAAUGUUGUAUCGUGGGGUACUAGGGAAGUGCAAACGAAAAAGACCAAAAAGGUUCGUCUACAGUGAUUGUCGAAUUUUUCUUUUUUUUUUUUA